ACCCGUGUCGCUGUCACCAAGCUUUUUCCAGACUUUCAACUCCACAUAUCCAUACUUACUAGUAACUUUGAGAGCAUCAAAAUGAAGGUCUCUGCUAUCACUCUUACCCUCAUGCUUGCGGCCUUUUCCUGGGCUCAAAACAGCGACGUCAGUUCCAUCAUUGAUAAAGCUUCCAGCGCUCUUCACAGCGUCAGUGCCGCUGCCAAGAGCGCCGAGAGUGCGGCCAAGAGCGCCGCCACAGCCAGUGCCGCAUCGGCUACUAGCACCGAAAACAGUUCUUCCCAUACUGUCCAUACUAUCAACACCAGCAGCGCCGCUGCCAGUAUCAGCAGCAAGAUCAGCAGCAUCAGCUCCGUGCUCCAGACUGCCCGCAGCUCUGCCUCCUCCUCUCUCAGAUCGGCUCUCGCGUCGGCCAGCUCCGAACUUGCGAGUGUCACUAAAACCGCCAGCUCUAGUUCGAGCUCGUCCGAGGGCGCUGGUUCUAUGCCGACUGCUGCCGUUGCCGUCGGUGCUCUCAUGGGCGGUGCGGCCGUCCUCGUCAACAUGUAAACAAUCAUGACCUUGAUAAGAUACUACAACAGCACACCCAAUUCUGGAAGAAUCCAAUGUCAGGUCGACAAAAUGGGUAAAUACGCAUACGGAAACAGACGUGGGGACUCGGAAUUUAGUAUCAAUAGGCGAGACGGGUGUUGCGGCGCUGGGAAAGUCUCCUUUUACAUUACAUCGCUCAUCUGCCAGCAAUUGAAGCCUGGAGCCAUGAGCGCAUAAUGGUAGUAGUAUCUGGAAAUAGGGUUAAAUAGGGGGCACUAGUAUACAUACUUGCGGGUUAAUUAAUACGCUUCUUUGAACGAG